GCCUCAAGUGAUCUCGCUGCCGCCGUUCAGUAUCAAGCUACAACACGCGUGACAUCUAUCACAAGUGCCCACCGUACUCACCUACGUCGUACGCACAAAGAGAGAACGCACCUGGCAGCCAAAGAGACGCAUUCAGACCCACCAUCGUUUUGAAUCACGGUGCUGUACACGACGAGUCAACAACGCGUUGCAACCGCCGCCCCACUGAUGGUGUUGCGUCCCGUUGCGUUGCGUGCGUCCAGCCGCGUCCCGUUGGAGGUCCAGGAGCAUAUUUUAGAGUUCAUUGACGAGCAGUGCCUCGCAUAUCGGGCGACUUUAGUCUGCCGCGCUUGGUACCCAAUCGCGGUGAAGCUGCUCUACCAAGAGCUUGACUUCUCCCACACCCACUAUACCGCUCGUUUGAUGCGAGCAAUGCUCCGUUUUCCACGAGUCAAGGAACAGUUGAAGGCCACCCGCAGGGCGGAAUUCUACAAAUCUAGCUUCUUUUCCUCUUUUCCGCAGGUCUUCGCGGCAGCAUUACCAUCUCUUCGGUCGCUGCACAUCGUCGGACUCACGGACCCGCUGCACCCGAGCUUCGUUAGGGCGCUGUUCCACUUCAAGACCGUCACCCAUCUCAGGUUGUCCGCCCUUUGGCUUGACAACUUUCACCAACUGCGGCGCGUCAUCUUUGCGUUGCCCGCACUCGUGUCCUUGGAUAUUGGCAACAUCAACUUCGGGCGCAACGGACGAUUAUUGGUCGAUGAUCCGCUCAAGCUCUUGCCCCCUGACAUAUUACCGAUGUCCAUCCCAACCCCUACUCGUUUGCAGACACUGCUGAUCGAUUUAUCAAUCUCAGGCGGUCAUCCCAAGAAAGAGGUCGCCCUCGUACGGUGGCUCAAUUGCACAUCCCUCUGCCAGUCAUUGUCAAGUCUUGAUCUCACGUUGUUCAAAUUCAACGUGAUCACGAAAGCGUCAUCUGAUGCCACCGAGGUCGUUCGGCAGUUGGAUCGUCUUCUCAUGAUUGCUGGACCGUCCUUGCAGAAGCUCAGUCUGCCAGUUUCUUUGCCUAUUGACAAGUUAAAUCUAUCAUACAACCUGGGUCUGACGUACCUCAGUUUUACACUCCCUCCGGCACUGGGAUGGCAAUAUUUCGUGGAUCAGCUGCACUCUGCGUUGGAUCUUGUUCCUAGUCUCUGCUUAACGGACAUUCACAUCAAUGCCGUCGUCCUCACGGUCCGGCAAAGCCAAUCAAUGCCAGAGGCAAUCCUCGCACUUGAUUCGUUGCACGAAUCCAUGAACAGCGCAACCUUCGCUGACAUUGCGAAUGCACACUUGCGGAUCAUCAGGAUGCCGUUCAGUCUCCGGUCUACAGAACUGGAGGCGCCACUCGACGUGAUCCUCGCGCCAUGGGCAGAGCGGGGAGUGAUUCGUUGGUGAAACCCAGGCUGGUGGUCGCAUUACACAAGUUCAUAUAGUAGACGUCAGCGCCCGACUGUAACACGCGAAUACCAAUGAUUGAGAGCAAUUGUCACCAUUGAUACUAC